AUGAGUGUCGGUUUAUGUAGUAAAAUUGUCCGUAGAUUUCUGUACAACGCUGUGCCUAUCAACAAAAUUGCUUGUGCCCAAAAUGAAGCGCAUGUCCCCGUGAUGAGCAAAGAAGUGCUGGAAUAUUUGAAACCGGAAGAUGGUCAGACGAUUAUUGAUAUGACGUUUGGUGCUGGCGGUCAUUCAAAGCUGAUUCUCGAACGAGCACCUAAUGUCAAGUUAAUUACGUUAGAUCGUGAUCCUUUAGGUUACGCGUAUGCCAAUGAAUUGCGAGAAAAGUAUCCGAAUAAUGUGAUUCCACUUCUUGGAAAAUUCUCAGAGUUACCAGCUUUGCUUGGGACAAAUAACAUCCGACAAAACACCAUCGAUGGCAUUCUAUUUGAUUUUGGGUGUUCCUCAAUGCAAUUUGACACUGCAUCACGAGGAUUCGCUCUGAGUAAAAAUGGACCGUUGGACAUGCGAAUGGACCAGAAUCGAUGUAGCGAUCAGGUAACGGCAGCAGAUGUGGUGAAUAAAGCGGGAGAAAACGACUUGUAUCGCAUCUUUAAGGUGUAUGGUGAGGAGAAACAAGCAAGAAAGAUUGCACGGGCCAUCGUUGAGACACGCCAUGCCUUCAAACGCAUCGAAACGACCAAAGAAUUGGCUGAUAUUGUAUUUGCUUGCUUUGAUAGCGCAUACAAAUUGGAUAAAAUUCAGCGACAUAGCCAUCCAGCGACCAAAGUAUUUCAAGCAUUGCGAAUUUUCGUGAAUGACGAGUUGAAUGAAAUUAAUUACGGCAUGAUUAUUGCCCAAAGAUUAUUAAAGAUUGGCGGCCGAAUGGUUACGUUGACGUUCCACUCGUUAGAAGACACAAUUGUGAAAAGACACAUUUCCGGAAACAUCUCAAACGAUAUGGCAAAUAAGAUUCCGCUUAAGUUCUGCAGUUACCAACUGACACAUGAUAAGGCAGCACUUGAUCAAAUAAUGGAAAGUAAGUGGGAACAGCUUCAUCAACACGUAAUUACUCCGAAAUUUGAGGAGAUUGAAAACAAUCCACGAUGCAGGUCAGCAAAAUUAAGGGCAGCUAUUAAAACCUCAAAUUAGGAAUAGAUAUCGUUAGUUAGUAAUGUAAUAGAGAAAAAAUAUUUCAAA